AUGAGAAAACUGCAAUUAGAAUACAUGACAGAAAUGAAGAGUACGUCUCUACGUACCCCCUACCUGGGCAGCAAGAUCAGCCUCAUCUCCAAGGCACAGAUCUGCUACGAGGGCAUCCUCUACACCAUCAACACCGACAACUCCACCGUGGCGCUCGCCAAAGUCAGGGCCUUCGGCACCAAGGACCGCCCCACCGACCGGCCGGCGCCGCUGUGCGAGGAGGUCUACGAGUACAUCAUCUUCUGGGGCAGCGACAUCAAGGACAUCACUGUGUGCGAGCCGCCCAAGGCGCCGCACGCGCUGCCCCAGGACCCGGCCAUCGUGCAGCCCCACGUGCCUUAUAGCCCCUUCCGCGGGAUGCCCCCCUACAGCCAGCUGGCCGCCAGCUCCCUGCUCAGCCAGCAGUAUGCCGCCUCCCUGGGCCUCGAGAAGCUGGUGAGUCCUCCGGCCUCAGCCGCCGCCUCCAGCCCUAGCUCCUCUUUAAAUUAUAUAACUAAGAAAAUUUAG